AUUCCUACCCUGGAACUACCCUUUGAAAUUUCUCCGUCAUGCGUUCACGGCUGAAUCAUCAGAGCUCAGACACAAUUCCGCCAAGAUCGCCCACAAACUUCGACUCCACAAUCUCUCUUUCUCUCUCUACCCUAUAUCCCCUCCGUUCAUAGUCCGUUACCAUAGCGGUUACAGUUAAUUCACUGUUAAGAAACGUCAAAGCCGACGAUGAACUCCUCGAAAACCCGACGGAAGGUGGCGCCCGCCACCGAGAACGGCGAUUCCGCCGACAAGUUAGACCAGCUCCUUCUCUCUUCCGCCAUCUGCAACGGCGAGGACUUAGGCCCAUUCGUCCGCAAGGCCUUUGCCGCCGGUCAUCCGGAGACUCUCCUCAACCACCUCCGCCACUUCUCCAGAUCCAAAGAGUCCGAAAUCGAGGAGGUAUGUAAAGCUCACUACCAGGACUUCAUCAUGGCCGUCGACGACCUCCGCUCCCUCCUCUCCGAUGUCGAGUCCCUCAAAUCGUCUCUCUCCAAUUCAAACACUCAACUCCAAGCCGUCGCUGUUCCUCUCCUGACCUCCCUGGAUUCCUUCGUCGAGGCUCGAAACAAAUGCCAAAACAUUACUCUCGCGAUCGAUUCACUUCGCACUUGUAUCCAACUGAUGGAACUCUGCUCUCGAGCUAAUUUCCAUCUCUCUCAGAAUAACUUUUACAUGGCUUUGAAGUGCGUUGACUCUAUUGAGAUAGGGUUUGAGAGCAAAACGCCUUCGUCUACGCUUCGGAGAAUGCUGGACAAACAGAUUCCGGCUAUUCGAUCUCACAUCGAACGGAGAAUUAACAAGGAAUUUGGGGAUUGGCUUGUGGAGAUCCGAAUAGUGAGUAGGAAUUUGGGGCAACUGGCGAUCGGACAAGCCUCGGCUGCGAGGCAGAGAGAAGAAGAGCUGCGAAUCAAGCAAAGACAAGCCGAAGAACAGAGCCGACUCAGUCUCAGAGACUGUAUUUAUGCUUUGGAAGAAGAAGAAGAUGACGCACUUAACGGGAUCGGAGAUUACGGUAAGGAUGGGUAUGUUAACGGUGGGAGUGGAACGUUGGGGUUUGAUUUGACGCCGUUAUAUAGGGCUUAUCAUAUACACCAGACGUUGGGGCUUGAAGAUCGGUUCAAACAGUACUACUUCGAGAAUCGGAAGCUUCAAUUGACUUCGGACUUCCAGGUAUCCUCGAUGACUCCUUUUCUUGAAUCUCAUCAGACAUUUUUCGCUCAAAUUGCCGGUUUUUUCAUUGUUGAAGAUCGAGUUUUGAGAACUGGUGGUAGUCUGAUUUCGAAAAUGGAAGUGGAAAAUUUGUGGGAUACUGCUAUGAGUAAAAUGUGUUCUGUGUUAGAAGAUCAGUUUUCUAGAAUGCAAACCGCAAAUCAUUUGUUGUUGAUAAAGGACUAUGUGAGUUUGCUUGGAGUGACAUUGCGUCAAUAUGGGUACCCUGUCGAUGCUUUGCUUGAUGUAUUGAGUAAGCACAGAGAUAAAUAUCAUGAGCUAUUGUUGUCCGAUUGUCGAAAACAAAUUUCUGAGGCUCUUGCUGCUGAUAAGUUUGAGCAGAUGUAUAUGAAGAAGGAGUAUGAAUAUUCGAUGAAUGUGCUCUCGUUUCAGAUACAAACUUCAAAUAUUAUACCGGCAUUUCCCUACAUUGCUCCGUUUUCUUCUACUGUGCCGGAUUGUUGUCGUAUUGUUAGGUCAUUUAUCGAGGAUUCAGUGAGUUUCAUGUCAUAUGGUGGCCAGCUUGAUUUCUAUGAUGUUGUGAAGAAGUACUUGGACAGGCUUUUGACUGAGGUCUUGGGUGGGACUCUGUUGAAGCUUAUUAAUUCAUCAAUUCAUGGUGUCACUCAGGCGAUGCAAAUGGCAGCAAAUAUGGCCGUGUUUGAGCGUGCUUGUGAUUUCUUCUUUCGUCAUGCUGCACAGCUUUCUGGAAUUUCAUUAAGAAUUGCUGAGAGGGGUAGGAGGCAGUUUCCACUUACCACAGCCCGGGAUGUGGCUGAAGAGAUGCUCGCUGGUUUGCUUAAACAAAAGGUUGAUGGGUUUAUGAUGUUGCUUGAGAACGUUAACUGGAUGGCUGAUGAGGCUCCACAGGGUGGGAAUGAGUAUGUAAUGAGGUGAUUAUUUUUCUGGAAACUUUGGUUUCAACUGCUCAGCAAAUAUUACCAGUUCAAGUUCUUAAAAGAGUUUUGCAGGAUGUUCUUUCUCACAUAUCGGAGUUGAUUGUUGGGGCUUUAAAUGGGGAAUCAGUUAAAAGGUUUACUGUGAAUGCUAUCAUGGGUGUUGACAUAGAUAUUCGGUUGUUGGAAUCCUUUGCGGAGAAUCAAGCUUCUCUUUUAUCUGAUGCAGAUGCAAAUGACUUGAAAACAGCACUUGCUGAGGCAAGGCAACUAAUUAAUUUGCUUUUAAGCAAUCAUCCAGAGAAUUUUCUGAAUCCAGUAAUCAGGGAAAGAAGUUUUAAUGCUCUGGACUACAGGAAAGUAGUGAUCAUUUCAGAGAAGUUGAGGGAUCCUUCAGAUCGGCUCUUUGGCACCUUUGGAUCCAGGGGAUCCAAGCAAAAUCCUAAAAAGAAAUCUCUGGAUUCAUUGAUAAAAAGACUCAGGGAUGUGAAUUGAUUUCAUUCCAAACUCUAUAUACAUGCCUAAUCACAGCCAAGAAAGGCAUGGUUAUAUGCUGAUGAGUAUAUUAAGAAGAUCCGAGGACUAAUACCGAUGCAUAGUUCAAGUAAUGAUAAAUUUGUGCACAAUUCCUACGGCGGCGGCAGGAGUAGAGAUUUUUGAACCCGACACAUCCAUUUCACGAUCCUUUUCGAGCCGUUGUUCUGGGAUUGGAUUGCAAAGAGAGCAAGAAUGCUUUGAAGCUCAACAACGUCAAAGCCCGUUGAAAGCCAGCUCAAAAGCUUUCUUGCCAAGUCACGAUCUAUCUUUUCUAAGGACUUCCGGAAGCAGAAAGUUCAAACAAACAAAAAAUCUGUCGACUGCAAAAAAUAGGCGAGGGUUAAUGCCACUCGUUUAGCAGAUGAAUGUUGAGUGGGGCUUGCUGUAGCCUGUAUCAUGGUUUUAUGGUUGCAUUGGCAUAAUGGAAUUAUUUUUUAGUGGAAUUUAUAA